AUGAAUAUUUAAGCAUAUUCAAUGGCAAUGACAAGUGAAAAAGUUUUAAAAACUUAAGGAGAUAGUUCAGAAAAUGUGAUACCAGAUUCUGAUUAAGAAGAUAGUUUGUAGAGUCCCAUUUUAAAGGAAACACCAUCCUCAUCAUCCAAACCUCUCAAACAUAUACGAUUUAGUGGAACAAAUUAAUUAUGUUAUUUUCAUAAAAGUGGCAAAAAAGAUCUCUCACCAUCACCAACUAGAAAAAGUUAGCAAUCUAUUUAAUCAAUACUCAAAAAUAAAGAAAAAGUAAUUUUCUUCACAAGUGAAAAAUGA